GCUAACAUUUAUAGAAACAAGAGGUGGGGCUGCUCAGUUUUUUAGCUAUUGCUAUCUAGAACAAACACAAGAAAAGGAGCUCCUGGGAUAGCCAUGGCUACCUGGAAGAACCUUUUGUUGCUUGCUAUUGGAUUGCUUUGCAGCAGCUCUGCUAAUGGCCAAUGCACUCAAGACGAUGUGAGAUUGGUGAAUGGUCCCACCAUGUACGAAGGCCGUGUGGAGGUGUGUGACAAUGGUGCCUGGGGCACUGUAUGUGACAACGGUUGGGGCACACGAGAUGCUCAAGCGGUGUGUGCUCAGCUUGGAUUUGGCGCUGCUAUCGGCUCUCCACGCUUUGCUUUCUACGGAGAGGGGACAGGAGCGAUUCUCUUUGAGAAUGUGAACUGUGAUGGUUCUCAGACCAGACUAUUAGACUGCGGUGUUGAUAGAGUCCACACUUGUGGACACUGGAGAGAUGUUGGGGCUGUAUGUUCAGGACCAUGUGCUGACGGGGAUGUGAGACUGGUGAAUGGCCCCAACACGCUUGCGGGUCGUGUGGAAGUGUGUUUUGGUGGAGCAUGGGGCACAGUAUGUGAUGACUUUUGGAGUCUUGCUGAUGCUACAGUUGUCUGCAACCAGCUGGGGAUUGGACCUGCCACCGGUGCUCCUAUACGGGCCCCCUACGGACAAGGAACUGGAACCAUUCUUCUUGAUAAUCUUCAGUGUAUUGGUACUGAGGCCAACCUGAUUGACUGUCCCCACAACGGAGUCGGUAUUGAAAACUGCGGUCACUCUGAGGAUGCUGGAGCAGUCUGCACAGGUUGCACCCAGAAUGACUUGAGAUUGGUCGGACCCAGCGAUCUGCAGGGUCGUGUGGAAGUGUGCAAUGCUGCAGAGUGGGGCACAGUCUGUGAUGACGCCUGGAAUCUCCUUGAAGUUCAAGUGGUGUGCAAUCAGCUUGGAUUAGGCAGAGCUCGACGUCAAGAUGGGUUUAGUUACUAUGGUGCAGGAACAGGAGCUAUUGUUCUUGACAACCUUGGAUGUAUUAAUACUGAGACCAACUUGUUUGACUGUCCCCACAACGGACUUAACAUCCACAACUGUGCCCACUGGGGAGACGCUGGAGCUUGGUGCUAUGAUGUCUGCUCUGAUGGAGAUGUGAGAUUGGUCGGUGGGACCAACACACGUGAGGGUCGUGUGGAGGUGUGCAAUGGUGGAGCAUGGGGCACCGUCUGUGAUGACUUCUGGAGUCUCAAUGAUGGACAUGUUGUUUGCGGUCAACUUGGACUGGGAUUAGCAACAAGUGCUCCUCGCGUUGCCUUCUUUGGACAAGGAACUGGAGACAUUCUCCUGGACAACCUCCUAUGUACUGGCACUGAGGCCACUCUGUUUGACUGUCCCCACAAUGGAGUGGGUAUCCACAACUGUGGCCACUCUGAGGAUGCUGGAGUAAUCUGUGCAGGAUGCACUCAAGGAGAUUUGAGGAUAUUAGAUGGACCACCUGAUUUGGUGGGACUUGCCGGUCGUGUUGAGGUGUGCGAUAAUGCAGAGUGGGGCACAGUCUGUAACCAGGGAUGGGACCCAUUGGAUGCUGACGUUGUGUGCCAACAACUGGGACUGGGCUUUUCUGCCCGUUCAAUUGCUUCUGCCGAGUACGGAGCUGGUCCACCAAAUUAUGCAAUUGUCCUUGGAAGGUUACUAUGUGUUGGCACCGAGGCUUCUAUAUUUGACUGCCCCAUGGCCAACAAUCCUCUUAACCAGUGUUUCCAUGGCGGAGAUGUAGGAGUCGAAUGUGAAGGUAUUUGCCAAAUUGGAGAUUUGAGACUGACCAAUCAGACCAACUACAAGAAUGGUCGACUGGAGGUGUGCAAUAAUAGAGUGACUUUUGGCACUGUCUGUGACGAUAUUUGGGGCUUUCAAGAUGCAAAUGUUGCCUGCAAACAGCUUGGAUUUCCUGGAGCUCUUGUGGACUAUCAGUUCUUUGGAGAGGGAACAGGAGACAUUCUAUAUGAUGAUGUGUCCUGCCGGGGCAGUGAGACCAGCCUUGCCGACUGUCCCAGGAGUGAGGACCCCCACAACUGUGCUCAUUCUGAAGACGUUGGAUUGGAGUGCUUCGACAACAUUCGUCUGGUUGAUGGAACUUCAGCAUCGGAGGGUAGAGUUGAAGUGUACAGCAAUGGAGCCUGGGGAACUGUCUGUGAUGAUUCCUGGAAUCAGAAUUCUGCCACUGUAGUUUGCAGACAACUGGGAUAUCCAGGAGCAAUUUCGUUCACCGGAUCUGCCUCCUUUGGCCAAGGAACUGGAAACAUUGUGCUUGACAACGUUCUCUGUACUGGCACUGAGGCCAGUCUGUUUGACUGUCCCCACAACGGACUCAACGUCCACAACUGUGGUCACUCUGAGGAUGCCGGAGUCGUUUGCAUGGACUGUACUGACGGUGAUGUGAGACUGGUGGGAGGGGCUGAUAAUACUGAGGGCCGUGUUGAGAUCUGUAACAGUGGGCUGUGGGGAACUGUCUGUGAUAACGGGUGGGACAUAAAUGACGCUACAGUAGUCUGUGUACAACUCGGGUUCACUUCAGCUACUGACUUUUUCACUGGUGCUAUGUUCGGGAAAGGAAAUGGAGAUAUUGUGCUUGAUGAUGUGGGCUGUGACGGCACUGAGACAAGACUAGAAGAUUGCCCCAAGGCACAAAUGUCUGCUGAGUGUACCCACACCCAAGACGCUGGAGUCUCUUGUGAAUCUGUCAUUCCCAUCUGUGAGGACGGAGAUCUCCGGUUGAUUGGUGGAGAUGCCAGAAGUGGACUAGUAGAGGUGUGCAGUGGUAAUGAGUGGGGUACAGUCUGUGAUGACCUGUGGGACAAUACUGAUGGAGCUGUAGCCUGCAGUCAGCUGGGCUUCCCUGGCUUUGAGAGUGUUGCUUCAUUUGGUCAAUUCGGGCAAGGCACUGGUCCCAUUCACCUUGACAACCUUGGCUGCGUUGGCACUGAGACCAGACUCAUUGACUGUCCCCACAAUGGAGUGGGUAUUGAGAACUGUAACCACUUUGAAGAUGCUGGAGUGACCUGUCAAGCCGACGUCCGCCUCGUCAAUGGAGCUACUGAGAAUGAGGGACGUGUGGAAGUGUUUGCCAAUGGAGCCUGGGGCACAGUCUGUGAUGACUUUUGGGGUCUUCCUGAUGCCGGAGUUGCCUGUAGGCAGCUUGGCUAUUCCACAGCCACCGGAGCUCCUAUCCAGGCUGCCUACGGACAAGGAACUGGAGCCAUUCUCCUGGACGACCUCAUGUGUACUGGCACUGAGGCCUCCCUACUCGACUGCCCCAGUAAUGGAGUGGGUAUCCACAACUGUGGUCACUCAGAGGAUGCUGGAGCCGUAUGUGCAGUGUGCUCUGAAGGAGACAUAAGACUUGUGGGUGGAGCCACUGGUAACGAGGGUCGUGUGGAGGUGUGUGAUAGUUCCUCCUCUUGGGGCACAGUCUGUGAUGACCUCUGGGACGACACUGAUGCUGCUGUUGUUUGCAACCAAAUUGGCUUCCCUCCAGGCACUGUUGUUGCUCAAUCCAGAGCAUUUUUUGGGCAAGGAACUGGAAACAUUCUUCUCGACAACGUAGGUUGUGUGGGCACAGAGACCAGACUGUUUGAUUGCCCAAAUAAUGGAGUAGGUGUCCACAACUGUGCUCACUCUGAGGAUGCUGGAGUAAUCUGUCCUGUUCGAAUCCGCCUCGUCAAUGGACCUACUGAGAAUGAGGGUCGUGUGGAGGUGUAUGCCAAUGGAGGCUGGGGCACAGUCUGUGAUGACGCUUGGGGUCUUCCUGAUGCCGGAGUUGCCUGUAGGCAGCUUGGUUACAGUGCAGCCACCAGUAGUCGAUGCUGUGCCGCCUAUGGACAAGGAACGGGAGCAAUUCUCCUGGACAACCUCAACUGCGCCAGUACUGAGGCCUCCCUGUUUGACUGUCCCCACAAUGGAGUGGGCACUCACAAUUGUGGUCACUCUGAGGAUGCUGGAGUUGUUUGUGAUACCACACCUGCGUCUUGCACUAAUGGAGACAUAAGACUGGUGGGUGGUCUGGUUCCGAAUGAGGGACGAGUGGAGGUGUGCGAUAACAAUGCAUGGGGCACUGUUUGUGACGAUUCAUGGGACCUUGACGAUGGACAAGUUGUCUGUAGACAACUCGGCUAUUCUAUAGCAACCUCUGCUGUCGGCAGUGCUACCUUUGGACAAGGAACUGGAAGCAUAAUCCUCGAUGAUGUCAGCUGCAUUGGGACCGAGUCUUCCAUCGUGGAGUGCCCGCACGGAGGACUCAACAUCCACAAUUGUGCACAUUCUGAGGAUGCUGGAGUACACUGCAAAGUGUGUACAACUGGCGAUGUCCGUUUGGUGGGUGGUAUGUCUGAAUUCGAGGGUCGUGUGGAGGUGUGCAACGAUGAUGAGUGGGGCACAGUCUGUGACGACAGCUGGGACCUUAAUGAUGGAAAUGUAGUGUGUGCACAACUUCAAUAUGGAGCAGCCACCAGCGCACCACGCUUUGCAACCUUCGGACAAGGAACUGGACCCAUUCUCCUUGACGACCUUAUGUGCAGUGGCUCUGAGUCCUCUCUCUUUGACUGUAAUCAUGGAGGAGUCGGAACCCACAACUGUGGUCAUUCUGAAGACGCUGGUGUGGUCUGUGGAAGUGUGUGCCCACAAGGUGAUGUGAGACUGGUCGGUGGUACUAAUGAGUUUGAAGGUCGUGUGGAGAUCUGUAACCAGAACCAGUGGGGCACAGUCUGUGACGAUAGCUGGGAUGAUAAUGAUGCAAUGGUCGUGUGUAGACAGCUGGGAAAUACAGGUGGUGUUGGCUUUAGGGUUGCUAUGUUUGGUCCGGGAGUUGAUCCUAUCUGGCUGGACGAUGUGGCUUGUACUGGAACUGAACUGUUGCUUAGUGAUUGUUCCUCCUCGGGCUUUGGCACGCAUAACUGUGGCCACAGUGAAGAUGCUAGUGUGAGAUGCAGUGGACCUGUUACCCCUCCUCCUGUGUGUAUCCAAGGUGACAUUCGACUGGUGGAUGGAGCUGACUUCAGACAGGGACGUGUGGAGGUGUGCAACAGCAACGCCUGGGGCACUGUGUGUGAUGACUUCUUUGGCGCUGAUGAGGCCACUGUCGCCUGUAGGCAGCUUGGACUCAACGGAGAUGGUGCUACUGCUCAGUCUUUUGCCACUUAUGGACCAGGAACUGGACAGAUUGUGUUGGACAACAUUUUUUGUACAGGUACCGAGACCUCCCUGUUUGAUUGUCCCCACAAUGGCGUUGGUACUCACGAUUGUGUUCACUUUGAGGAUGUCGGAGUCACCUGUCCACUCAUCUGUGACAAUGGUGACCUGAGACUUGUGGGUGGAGCCAAUUCCAGAGAGGGCCGUGUGGAGGUGUGCGAUAAUGAGAUGUGGGGGACCGUCUGUGAUGACUUCUGGGGUGCACCCGAGGCUCAAGUAGUCUGCUGGCAGCUCGGAUACAGCAGGGAAGGUACUGCUUUUGGUAGUGCUUUCUUUGGCCAAGGCACUGGUUCAAUCUUGUAUGAUGACUUUGGCUGUACUGGCACUGAGAAUAGACUGACUGCCUGCUCACAUCUUGGCGUGGGACAACACAACUGUGCCCACUUUGAAGAUGCUGGUGUGAGGUGUACUGGUACUUGCACUGAAGGAGAUCUCAGGCUAGUCGGAGGAAGCAACGAUUUCGAGGGUCGUGUGGAGGUGUGCAGCGGCACUGGAGAGUGGGGCACUGUCUGUGAUGAUUUUUGGAGUGACAAUGAUGCAAUCGUUGUCUGCCGACAGCUUGGAUUCAAUGCUGAUGGUGCAACUGCUUUCAGUUUCGCCUUCUUUGGUCAGGGAACAGGAGAAAUUCUCAUCGAUGACGUCCAAUGUGUUGGCACGGAGACUCGAUUACUCGACUGUAGCCUAACACAGAUACACAACUGUGCUCAUACUGAAGACGCUGGUGUUUCGUGCUCCAUGGAUACAGCUGGUCCAAGUUGUUCUGACUACGAGCUUAGACUUGUUGGUGGAACCAGCAGCCUUCAGGGUCGAGUGGAGAUUUGCUUGGGGAACAUCUGGGGCACAGUUUGUGACGACCGCUGGGAUAAUGCCGAUGCUAGUGUGGUGUGUGGCUUUCUUGGAUACUCCCGUGACGGUGCUGUUGCUCGUUCAUUUGCUGCUUUCGGACAAGGAACAGGGCCCAUCUGGCUGGACGAAGUUGGUUGCCAAGGAGAUGAAGCAUCACUUGCUUUCUGUCCCAUAGAUUCAACCCACGACUGUUCACACUUUGAGGAUGCUGGAGUGGAGUGCAUCAUCUGUGUUCAAGGCAGUGUGAGGCUGGUGGACGGUUUGAGCGAUCUGGAAGGUCGUGUGGAGGUGUGCAACAACCAAGAAUGGGGCACGGUGUGUCAGACCUUCUGGGAGAGUCCUGACGCAGGAAUUGUGUGCUCACAAAUUGGAUACUCAAGAUUCGGAGCCACUGCCAACGGUGCACUGUCUGCUGGCUAUGGAGUUGGAAGAGGUCCAAUCCUCUUUGACCAAGUCCAGUGUAUCGGUAAUGAAGACUCCUUGUUUGACUGUCCGAGCUCUGGGCUUGGCAUUCACAGCUGCCCGACUGAUCAUAGCCUUGAUGCUGGUGCCAUCUGUAGCUCUGGCAUCGUCUGUGGGUCUGGAGAUGUCAGACUGGUUGGUGGAGACGCUCCCGGCUCUGGCCGUGUGGAGGUGUGCAUUCGUGAGGUGUGGGGAACAGUUUGUGAUGCCCUCUGGGAUGAGAUGGAGGCAGCUGUGGUGUGCAGGCAGGCUGGAUUCUCUAGGAUUGGUGCAAAUGUUACAACUGGAGCCUCGUUCGGACAGGGAACCUCCCCCAUCCAGCUCACGGAGUUACGUUGUACUGGCUCUGAGGACAGCCUUCUCGAUUGUCCUGGUAGCGACACUGUAGUGGCCACCUGUACACAUUUCAUGGACGCAGGAGUCAUCUGCAACACUUCCGUGGUGUGUCUAAAGGGCGAUAUCCGAUUGGCUGGCGACAUCGCUCUCCGAGGUGAUGACCCCUCGAUGCAAGGUCGUGUGGAAGUGUGCAAUGACGAAACAUGGGGCACAGUCUGUGACGAUUUCUGGGGCAACGAAGACGCUAAUGUGGUGUGCAGGCAGCUCGAAUUCUGGGACCAAGGUGCUACUUCUGUCAGGUUUGCUGGUUUCGGUCAGGGAAUGGACCCCAUCUUACUCGACAAUGUGCAAUGUGCUGGAGACGAAGAUAGACUCAUUGAUUGUCCUUCCAACGAAAUCGGGCUCCACAACUGUGCACACUCUGAGGAUGCCGGUGUCAGAUGUUUGCCAAUCCCACCACCUUGCUCCAACGGAGAUGUGAGACUGUCAGGUGGGACUAGCAGCGGUCAGGGUCGAGUGGAGUUCUGCCACAAUCAGAUCUGGGGCACCAUCUGCGAUAGUGGGUGGGGCAUUGAGGACGCCAAUGUCGUGUGUGGUCAACUGGGAUACGUCAGAGAUGGAAUGAACACGGCCAUUGGUGGUGCUUCUUUUGGCGAGGGUGAUGGUCAGAUCUGGCUAGAGAAUGUAGCAUGCACUGGUACUGAAGAGAGUCUAGGCAUGUGUGUGCACGAUGGUAUUGCCAACCAAGACUGCACUCACGCCAUGGAUGCUGGUGUCACCUGUCAAGAGUGUGCUGCCGGUCAAAUACAAUUGGUGGGUGGAGCCUCACUGACCGAGGGGCGAGUUGAGGUGUGCAACAACAACGUAUGGGGCACUGUUUGUGAUGAUUUUUUUGCUGUCAAUGAGGCAAACGUGAUCUGUAGACAGCUGGGUUAUUUGCCCCCUGGCACAACGGCCACUGCUGAAAUUCAAGCUAGAUUUGGACAAGGAACUGGACCAAUCACCUUUGAUAACCUUGCCUGUACCGGCACUGAGGCUUCCCUGUUUGACUGUCCCCACAACGGAGUCAACAUCCACAACUGUGCUCACUCUGAGGAUGCUGGAGUCACCUGUCCAGCAGAGGCCUGCGUGGAUGGAGAUGUGAGACUGGCUGGUGGUACUGGUGCUGACCAGGGACGACUGGAGUUCUGCCUUAGCAACAUGUGGUAUUCCGUCUGCAACAAUAACUUUAACUCAAUUGACGGCAGCGUCAUCUGCAGACAGCUGGGCUUCUCAAGAUAUCAUGCUGAUGUAACUGAUGGUUCGAUGUACGGAAUGGUCCCGACCAUCGGGCUUGACAAUGUAGACUGUACUGGUGAUGAGACUGCUCUCUCUCAGUGUUCUGCAAACGUUACAAUCGAUCCCAGCUGCACUAUCACCACCGUCGUUGGGCUCGUGUGCAGAGAUGAACUUGUAUGUGAGGACAACCAGCUAAGGAUUGUGGGCGGGUCCAAUCAGUAUGAAGGUCGCGUGGAACUCUGCAUUAGUGAGAACUGGAACACCAUCUGUGCUGAUGGAGCUUGGUCAAACAACGAUGCCAAUGUUGCUUGCAGAGAGGCCGGAUAUUCUGCUAUGGGAGCUGUGGCCUUCACUGAUGCAUUCUUUGGACAAGGUAUUGGACAGAUCCAGUUUGAUGUGUUUGGCUGUACCGGCCUUGAGAGUCGCCUUACUGACUGCUCCUUUGACCCUGUCACGUCCAACUGCCCUGGAGACCACACCCAGGAUGCUGGUGUCCGUUGCAACCAAGGUUGUGAGGAAGGCGAGGUGAGACUUGCAGGUGGCAGCAGCCCCAGCGAAGGCCGUGUUGAGAUCUGCAUUGAUGGUUCCUGGGGCACAGUCUGUGAUGACUUCUGGGACAAUGCUGAGGCUGCUGUUGUUUGCAGGCAACUUGGACUACCAGCUGCUGGAGCCAUUGCUACAAGUCUCUCCUCCUUUGGCGUGGGAUCAGGUGAAAUCCACCUUGACGACCUCAUGUGUAUUGGAGACGAGGAAAGCCUUCUGGACUGUCCCAAUACCAUGAUACACAACUGUCUCCAUAUCGAAGAUGCAGGAGCCAUCUGUCAAGGCUGUGUCGCUGGACAUAUUAGACUAUCCAAUGGCUUCCGGACGAGUGAAGGACGAGUGGAGGUGUGCCGUAACAAUGUAUGGGGUACCAUCUGCGACAUAUCCUGGGGGCAAGAGGAUGCCACCGUUGUGUGCCGCCAACUCGGGUGGUCAAUUACUGGUGCAGUCGCUCAAACAGGAAACUUUUACGGGCCUACGGCCGAUACCAUGGUGCCCAUCUAUGCCUACAACUUCGGGUGCACAUCAACUGAACAGGGAUUGGUGGACUGUCCAUUCCUUGAGGCCACUGGAAACUGCCUCCAUUCUCAGGAUGCUGGGGUGCAGUGUAGCGAAUUUGCUGCCUGCAACGAGGGAGAAGUACGUCUGAUGGGAGGCAGUAACCGACUAGAGGGACGACUAGAGAUAUGUCUCAAUGAAGUAUGGGGUACUGUGUGUGACGAUGGCUGGGACAGCAUUGGUGCCAACGUGGCCUGUAGACAACUGGGCUUCUCUAGGUUCAAUGCAAUUCACUUCAGCAAUGCGAUGUUCGGAGAAGGCACGGGCCCCAUCUACCUCGACAACGUGCAGUGCGUUGGAUCAGAGCUCCACAUUCAAGAGUGUACCUACUCCAGUGACGCAAGCGAAUGUACUCACGCUGAGGAUGCAUCUGUCAGAUGCAGUGGAAACUUGAUGUGCGAGAAUGGAGAUCUGAGGUUGGCCGAUGGAACUAACGACUUUGAGGGUCGCGUGGAGCUAUGCUUCAACGAAACUUGGGGAACCAUCUGCGACAGUUUCUGGACUGAAUUUGAGGGUGAUAUUGUGUGCCGUCAGCUUGGCUUUCAGCCCUUCGACGCCGUUGCAUUAUAUGACGCUACCUUUGGUGAGGGAAUGGGCCCCAUCUGGUUCGAUUUCGUGUUCUGUUUCGGACAAGAAGAGAGACUUUUGGACUGUUUCAACAAUGGCUUCCUCUCCAUGGACCUGUGCACUGGUCAUAACAACGAUGCUGGAGUCAGGUGUAUAGAAGGAUGCAAUACCGGUACGGUGAGACUUGCUGAUGGACAGGGUAUGACCGGUCAGGGACGAGUAGAGGUGUGCAGUGACCAACACUGGGGCACAGUCUGUGACGACAACUGGGAUGUCAAUGACGCUAAUGUGGUGUGCAGGCAGCUCGGAUUCUCUGGAGCUGGUGCCAUGGCCAUCACUGACGGCACAUUUGGAGUGGGAGAGGGCGCCAUUCAUUUUGACAACCUUGCCUGUAUCGGAAGUGAGACCUCUGUCUUUGACUGCGUAGUGGACACUGACACUUCUGACUGCUCCCACGUUCAAGAUGCUGGAAUUAUCUGCUCUUUGAACAAGAUCUGUGAAGAUGGCGAUCUUCGACUGGGUGGGACCUCCACGUCUCCUUUAGCUGGCCGUGUUGAGGUGUGUGUGAGCGAGAUCUGGGGCACCAUCUGCGACAGCGGCUGGGACGUAACUGAUGCAGGUGUCGCCUGCAGGAAGCUCGGACUGUCUAGAUUUGGUGCUCUGGCCCAAGGAAGCUCCUUCUAUGAUCCUGGAACUGGAGACAUCUUCUUUGACAACUUUGGCUGCACUGGUAAUGAGUUGAGCCUCCUGGACUGUACCAACACUGUUGCCGUUAUUACUGGCAGCUGCAGUCACUCGUCUGAGGCCGGAGUUCGUUGCAAUCCAGCACCUAUCUGUCAGGAUGGGGAUAUUCGACUGAUCACGCCAACUAAUAUGCCGGAUCUCCGUAACAACAGUGGACGCGUGGAGGUGUGUUUGAACGAGGUUUGGGGGACAGUGUGUGACAACUCCUGGGAAACAAAUGAUGCCAACGUGGCUUGCAGACAGCUAGGAUUUUCUCGAUACAAUGCUGUUGCUAGACCAUUGGCUGCCUAUGGCCAGGGUGUUUCUGCUAUCUCCCUUUCCAGCUUAGGCUGCACAGGAGACGAGGAGCGGCUCAUCGACUGUUCAUACACUGACCCUAACGUCGACAUGUGCACCCACAGUGAAGACGCAGCAAUCGACUGCAGCGAAAACUUAUUUUGUGUCGAGGGUGACGUCAGACUGCAAAAUGGCACUGAUGGCACUCAAGGUCGCCCAGAGAUCUGCAUCGGAGAGGAAUGGAGGACUAUUUGCGAUCAGGGCUGGUCCCUCAAUGACGCCAACGUCCUCUGCGGGCAGCUGGGCUUUGCCUCAAAUGGUGCUCAGAUCUUUAGCAAUGCCUUCUUUGGUCAAGGAACUGGUGCAAUCGCUUUUACUCAACUAUCUUGCUUCGGUACGGAGCAGAACAUCCUUGAAUGUCCAAUUAGCACUGACACCAGCACUUGUACUCACGCAGACGACGCUGGAGUUAUCUGCCAAGAAAUCUGUGAAACUGGAAACAUUCGCCUUGUUGAGGGUACAAAUGAGUACGAAGGUCGUGUGGAGGUGUGUCUUAACGAGCAAUGGGGUACAGUAUGUGACGACAUCUGGGAUACACCUGACGCUAGCGUUGCCUGUGGGCAGCUUGGAUACUCCCGAGACAAUGCUGUAGCACUUUCCCUUGCUCCGUUCGGUCAAGGCCUUGGUCCGAUAUGGUUGGACAACCUCGCCUGCAAUGGUAAUGAGGAGAGACUCAUCGAUUGCGGCUACGAUGCUCACACUGCUGACUGUGCUCAUUUUGAGGACGCUGGACUACGUUGUCUACCUUGUACCACUGGGGACAUCAGACUACUUGAUGGCAGCUCCAUCUACGAAGGUCGUGUGGAGGUAUGCCAGGACCAGACGUGGGGAACUGUCUGUGAUGAUGGAUGGAGCACUCUCGAUGCUACCGUGGUGUGCAGACACCUUGGUUACUCUGGAAUUGAUGCCCAGGCCAUCCAGGGUGCAGUAUUUGGACAGGGAGUUGGUCCGAUCUACCUCGACGACGUGGCAUGCAGUGGAACUGAAACUGACAUCUUCGAUUGCACCGCCACAACAACACAUGACUGCGACCACUCUCAGGAUGCCUCUGUUCGCUGCAACUUCCCACCUGUUUGCACGGAGUCUCAGUUAAGACUGGUUGGAGGCACGAGAUCCAGUGAGGGGCGAAUUGAAAUCUGCCGUCUGGAAGCAUGGAGUACUAUCUGUGACAAUCUAUGGAGCCGGGAGGAAGCUCAGGUGGCCUGCAGUCAGCUGGGAUAUUCAAGACAUAAUGCUAAUUCAACGGUUGGUGCUUCGUUCGGUCAAGGCACUGGUCCCAUCUACGGCACUUCAGUGGUGUGUAACGGGGAGGAGCAAAGCCUUUCCGAUUGCAUGUACUCCAUGGAUGCUUCCACAUGUUCCCAUGCCAACGAUGCUGGAAUUAUGUGCGCCGAAGAUCUGCUGUGUCAAGAUGGAGAUAUUCGACUACAGGGCGGAGCCAGUGAGCUUGAGGGUCGUAUCGAGCUCUGCAAUGAUGAGACCUGGGGAACAGUCUGUGAUCGCGUAUUUGGGACUUCCGAUGGCAACGUUGCUUGCAGGCAACUUGGUUUCGCUCCUAUUGGUUCCACCAUCAGACCUGGUGCUUUCUACGGGCAAGGUAGUGGGCCAGUCCUCCUUGAUGGAGUCGGCUGUACAGGACAGGAGAGUCAAUUGGUGACUUGUCCUCACUUUGGUAUCGGUAUGGUUGACUUCUGCACUGGCGGACACACUCGGGACGUCGGAGUCAUCUGUGGAGAGGUGUGUGAGAGUGGCAGCAUCAGAUUGGCCAAUGGAGACACACCUUUCUCUGGUCGUGUGGAGGUGUGCAACGAGGAGGCCUGGGGCACUGUCUGUGACGACAGUUGGACCCAGGCAGAUGCCAACGUUGCUUGUCUGCAGGCUGGUUUCUCACGAUUCGGUGCAACUGCUCACAGUCUUGCCUUCUUUGGUGCUGGUGUUGGGCUUAUCCAUCUUGACGACCUCAUGUGCACCGGAAUGGAGAACUCUCUCUUCGAGUGCCCCUUCAAUCCCAACCACAACUGCGCCCACUUUGAGGAUGCUGGUGUCACUUGUGUGCCAGAAAGUGUGUGUAGUGAUGGAGACAUUCGUCUGUGUAACUCUGCCGAUUACUGUGGUGCUGAUCUCCUCGAGGGCAGACUUGAGUACUGCUUGAACGAAGUGUGGGGCACUGUUUGUAACAACAUGUGGUCGGUCAGUGACGCUAAGGUUGCCUGUAUUCAGCUCGGAUUCUCUACAACAGGAGCCCAAGCCUUCUCCGAUAACACCUAUGGACAGGGUUUCCCAUCCUCCCAAAUAUGGUUGGGAGGUCUUAGUUGUACUGGUUUUGAGACUGCAUUGAUUGACUGCCCCUCAUCUGGAACUUCUGGCUGCACCCACGCCAUGGAUGCUGGCAUUCUCUGUGUAGAAAAGCUUUGUGAGGAUGGUGAUAUCAGACUGAUUGGCGGCACUGACUUGGACUCCAACGGUCAGCCUCUGGCUGGACGAGUAGAGUACUGCUUGGCAGAACAGUGGGGUACCAUCUGUAACAACGGCUUCGACAACUUUGAUGCUAGAGUCAUCUGUAGGCAGUUGGGAUUCUCAAUCAACGGUGCAGUGGCGCUGACCGGAAGUAACAAUCCUUACGAUCCAGCUGCUUCUACUGUUCCUGUAUUCCUAGACCAGCUGAUGUGCACUGGCACUGAGAACACUAUCCAGGGGUGCAACCCUAACAUCAGCCCAGCUGGCUUCACCACCUGUACACAUACCCAGGACUCUGCUACCAGCUGUCAAAUCAAAGCCUCUUUCCCCACUGGCGUUACUGUAGUUCCUGCCAGUGACACAUCUCUUGUGGUCAACUGGACUCGUCCCAUUGAGUUUUACUCAACUCUUCUCCGUUACAGUGUGUCCUGUGCACACAUCCUUGCAACUACCAUUGAUGACACGAUGACAACACAAACCAUCAUUGGAUUGGACGCUGCAACAGAUUACAGUUGCUGUGUUGAGGCUCAGUACACUGAUUCAUCAGAGAAUAAUCGGGCUUGUGCAGAUGGAACCACUCUUGACGGAAUACCUGGUGUGCCUACUAACCUUGGUUUUGUUGAACUUGACGCCACUAACUGUGGCACUGUCACCUUCACUUGGGACCAACCUUCGGAAGACGAGAGAAAUGGUGAGAUCACGAUGUACCAACUGAAUGUCAUCUCUGCCAGCUCUGGACAGAACAUUUUGAGUGCAACCCCCACCACUAACAGUUACAUAGCUUCCGGCUUGCUGUGCUGCAACAGUUACUCCUUCCGUGUGGCAGCUUCCACUUCCGCUGGAUUUGGUCCACCGACUAGCGGCCCGACACUGAGGACCUUGGCUGACCUCACAAUUCCAAUUCCUGUUCUUGUGAGAGCCACCAGUGAUACAAGCCUCCAAAUCAGCUUGUCUGUCAUAACAGAGGUCAUGAACCAGCACACAGGCGGAGAUACCUACACUGUCGACGUAUCACCUGACUGCAGGAACGGUCAAAAUGCCGGUGUAGAGAACCCUGCACCACAAUCACUUGCCUACGAUGUUGACCCCUUAACCACCGAUUUCUCUAACUUGCUGCAAGAUGUGCCGUACAGAGUGAGAAUAUCAGCUGUUGUGUGUACAUCCCCUGUGCUCAUUUACAACGAGCUUUGGUUCACUCGAUCAACUGCCUCCGUUGUUGAUCCCAAGAUCACUGCCACCGCUCGCUAUCCUAGUGACCCAUCAACAGCAAGCCUUGCUUGGACAUCAUCGGAUGCUGAUGUGGUUGAUGUCAGCGUUUAUAGUGGAGACACAUUCAGUGAGGAGAACCUAGUUGGCACACAAACUGUACCUACUAUUGGAUCCAGUGUCAGUGUCCUCGACGUUCCUGGCCUCGAUAUUUGCACACGCUAUUGGUUCAUUGCUCGAGCUGCCACCUGUGCUGCGGAGGCCUUUAGUGAGCCAUCCCGUGUGGAACUCCGUGAUACUGACACUUUUGAAUUCAUAUUCAAUCUUUUCGACGAUGAAGGUUCAUGCAGUGACUGGAUCAAGGUGGCCACUAUGGACAAAAUUAAUGCUAUCGAGACUACAUUGAAGGCUGUCUUGGAUUCCACUGUGUGUGGUUUCAUCCAAGUGGGUUGUUUCGACAGUAGUACUUUCAGAUGCUCGGAUACUGAAGGAAAGACUGUCAAGUUCAGCACCACACUUGUCGGACAUGGAACAGCAUCUGCCAGUUCAGACCAACAGCAGUGUUUUAACGAAUGGCUGUCUGGAAGCCCACAGUUCACUCUACCCUCUAGCAAUGGACAACCUAUUCGAGCCAUGCCAAAUGAGGGAACUGUCACUGAGCCCCCAGCUGCUACUUCAUCUCUUCCCGACUGGGUUGUUGUGCUCAUUGUGGUGAUCGUGCUGGUGGUGCUGGUUGUUGUACUGGUUCUGGUGGUGGUCAUUCUGGUCGUGAGAAGAAAGCCUUCUUCUCCAAAAGCAAGAUCUGAUAACUUGCCUCACCACCUGAUGAACGAUCAAGAUGAUAUCUCUGUGUCUGGCCACUCCAUUGGUAUCGUGGAGAACCCUCUCUUUGCCGACAAUGAUGGUUUGGAGGAGAUGCCAAGCUACGCUGCUCUCUCUGCCAAGGAGAAGGCCGCUGAAGCUGAGUUGGAGAAGGGUUAUCCUGACAUGCCCACCUCCACUGGGCAAGGUUUCUCCAUCAACUUUGAACCUCCAGAAGAGUACUAGACGAUAAUGUCACUUGAACUUUAUAGUUAAGACUUUAGUGACUGGGUAUACGUAGUUUUAGUAAUAUUAUUUGCUCUAUAAUUAUAUAGCCGAGUUUUUAUAUGCAGUGAUUAGUCAAAAA